AUGGAGAUAGAGAAAAGGACUCAGGGAGAGAUAGAGCCUAGGGUUGACAGAGAGCCACAGCAAGAAAUACAGAGUCACAGAGACACGGAGAGACAGAGAGAGAAAUACAGCCCCAGAGAGACAGACAUUGAAGUCUGCUCUCAGAGUCCCAGCGAGACGGAGAAACACACACACACAGCCAGCCAGAGCCAGAAGAAUCAGAAUUACAAGGGCCAUGGAUUGCCAAAAGGAAAAGAACGAGAGCAGAGAGCCUCAAUCCGGUUCAAGACCACUCUUAUGAAUACUCUCAUGGACGUCCUUCGCCACAGGCCAGGAUGGGUGGAAGUAAAGGAUGAAGGGGAGUGGGAUUUCUACUGGUGUGAUGUCAGCUGGCUUCGGGAGAACUUUGACCAUACCUACAUGGGCGAGCACGUGCGGAUCAGUCACUUCCGGAACCACUACGAGCUCACCCGCAAGAACUACAUGGUGAAGAACCUGAAGCGGUUCCGGAAACAACUGGAGCGUGAGGCAGGAAAGCUGGAGGCAGCCAAGUGCGACUUCUUCCCCAAAACCUUUGAGAUGCCCUGCGAGUAUCACCUGUUUGUGGAGGAGUUUCGCAAAAACCCAGGCAUCACCUGGAUCAUGAAGCCUGUAGCCCGGUCACAGGGGAAGGGCAUCUUCCUCUUCCGGAGGCUGAAGGACAUCAUGGACUGGAAGAAGGGCACCGCUGGGAAGAAGCUCACCAGCCUGGAGGCCCAGCCGGCCCGAAACACUGUCAACCCCUCUGGCAGCCAUGACACAAGAAGUUCUGAAGACCAGAAAGAUGAAAUUCCUGUGGAGAACUAUGUAGCUCAGCGUUACAUCGAAAAUCCCUACUUGAUAGGAGGCCGCAAGUUUGACCUGCGUGUCUACGUGCUGGUGAUGUCGUACAUCCCACUGCGGGCCUGGCUGUACCGGGAUGGCUUCGCCCGAUUCUCCAACACCCGCUUCACACUGAACAGCAUUGAUGACCAGUACGUUCACCUCACCAAUGUCGCUGUGCAAAAGACGUCUCCCGACUACCACCCGAAGAAGGGCUGCAAGUGGAUGCUGCAACGCUUCCGGCAGUACCUGGCGUCCAAGCACGGGCCUGAGGCAGUAGAGACGCUUUUCAGCGACAUGGACAACAUCUUCAUCAGAAGCCUGCAGAGCGUGCAGAAGGUGAUUAUCAGCGACAAGCACUGCUUUGAGCUGUAUGGCUAUGACAUCCUCAUAGAUCAGGACCUCAAGCCGUGGCUCCUGGAGGUCAAUGCGUCCCCGUCACUGACAGCCAGCAGCCAGGAGGACUAUGAGCUCAAGACCUGCCUCCUGGAAGACACCCUGCACAUUGUGGACAUGGAGGCCAGGCUCACAGGAAGGGAGAAGCGAGUAGGAGGCUUUGACCUCAUGUGGAACGAUGGCCCUGUCAGCAGAGAAGAGGGGGGUCCUGACCUAUCGGGGAUGGGGAACUUUGUGGCCAACACACAUCUCGGCUGCAUCAAUGAUCGGAAGAAACAGCUGAGGCAGCUGUUCCGCUCCCUUCAAGGACAGAAGAAAACUCCCAACUAA